AUGGCGUCUGGCUACGGUUUAAAUGGAGGUGUCUCUCGAUGCUUUCCCUUCUGGCAAGAGUAUAUGUCUUGCUAUGUCAUCAAUCAACACGACCCUGAAGCCAGAGCCAAAGGCGUCUGUGCCCCACGAUUAGAAGACUACUACGAAUGCCUACAUCACAAGAAAGAGUAUGCGAGAACGGUGGCGAUACAGAAAGCCCUCCGGAAAGCAGAAGCAGCACACCCUCGCGAGAAUGCGCCCAAGCUGGGCCAAAUACGAAGUCUGGGUCUGAUUGGCAAGGAAGAGGAGACCAAGUCGCUGCUGGGCACGACACAGACUACCUUUGCUUAG